CAUCAAAGGAAGAGAAAGAGAAAGGAGAGGGAUCAUCUUGACCACUAAUGAUAUUCUCAUCUUUUAAUCAAACAAUCAUAUUAAACAGGGAUCUGGAUGAAUAUCAACUCGCUAAAGGACGUCAUCUUUUGAUGUCAAACCACGUUCAUCGUCAUCUUUUGUAACAACAACAACAACAGCAACACUCUCUUAAUCGGUAAUUCCGAUUUCCAUCCCAUUCGCAUUUAUUCAUUUCAACAUCUUUGAUCAUGCCACCUCUUUCACGUAAUCGAGCAGCUCCUUAUGAUCGUUUUACAGACGCAAGUGCUUCUGCCGUUUCAUCAGGUUACACAGCAGCAAUGUCACUCGGUCCACAACCAAAGAUGAACGGAUCCAUAGCCGAUUCAGAAGAAGGUGCAGAUUGGUUGCGAAACCUCAAGCAAGUUUCAGGUAUGUAUGAUGGUGGACCUGGAUCGGGUGUUUAUAUUGGCGAUCCGGCAAACGCACAAGAUGAUUCGGAAGACGAAGAUGAACUUGAUAGUGAAGGUGAACAAAUACAAAAUCGACCAAAGAAACGUACAAAAGGAGGAAAACCAUCAAAACGCAAUUCAAAAGGAUCAGUAGCGGGAAAUGAAGAUUCUGCAGCUGCAACGAGGAAAGCACAGAAUAGACUCGCACAAAGGGAAUUCAGACAACGCAAGCAACAGUACAUCAGGGCAUUGGAGACGAGGGUAGAGCUCUUGUCCUCUGAUCAUGACACACAAGUGGACAGGUUGCGGUGGGCAUUGCGUGGGCUGCUGGCAGAGAAUAAUCAAUUACGACAAAUUGUGGCAGCAUUUGCGUCUUUUGUUGGAUUGCAGCAGAUCGGUGGACCACUGCAAAAAGCAGGCGUGUCAAGGCAAGAUUUGGAAGAUCUCAUCAGUAACUCUGCUGAGAAGGUCAUGACAGAUGCAUGGCAACACUGGCCAGGAGCGAGAGAAUGUGAAGCAUUACGACAGAUUCGAUUGGACAGCAACCUUCCACCUGAAGGCUUGCCAGAGAGUAACAAGAUACCCGAGAGCGUCAGAGUUCGAUCAAACCCAACACCUCCAACAAUAUCCACACUUGGGACGAAUGCUUCCACCUCCAACUCCAAAAGUGCAUCGCCCAAGGUGAACGGAACAACUGCAAAUGAAGCUACAAAAGGAGGAAAGAAGAAGAAAGAAGCGAAUGGCAAGGGAAAAGGAACACCUCUAUCACCUUCUUCGAAUGCUGCAACGACUGAUACGACGACCACACAAGCUCAAACAUCCAACGAAGCUGCCACUCCAGCAACAAAUGCGCCAUCAUUCUCUUUGCCGCCGGGCGAUAAUGCUCAUUUGAUGGCAUCCUUCUUUGGUAACGGGCCAGGAAUGCUGCAAAGUCCUGCUCCAACUCCAUCUGCGUUUACGUUUACACCUGGUUUCUCGGGUAUGCCUACACCUUCGAUUGGACCACAAGGGCAAGAAUCUAAUGCGAUUCUGGCAAGCUUGUUUGGGUCAAGUGGAAUGUCAGGAUUCAUGGGACCAGGUGGGAUCAAUGGUAACCCUAAUCAAGGUAUGAAUCCAUUCGGACAACAAGGACCACCACAACAGCAUGGCGGACAAGAUAUGAAUGGGAUGUCAUCACCUUUCUCUCGUCAAAAGAUGAAUGGUGGAGAAGAACCAGAAGAAGUUCAUCGGGUAGAAGCAUUGGUAGCACAAUUACGCAAAGAACGUGAACGAUAUGGAUCCGGAAAAGAUCCGAACGAGCUCAACAAGAUCGGGAUGGCAUUAAACGAAUUGAUUCGACAUAUGGCAAACUUUCGCAGACAGCCAAGUUAUCAUUUACCUUCAGUUUUGGAACCUAGUGAAAUUCAACAAACUCGUCCGCAUGAUCCGUUGAUUGAUGCAUUGCCAUUCCCGGGUGUACGUCAAAACCUUAUCGCUCAACAAGAGAACCUAGUGAUUGAAGAUGUUGUUUUGAGUAUUUUGCAAUUCAGCACUCUACAUCCGGGAGACGUAACGGAUGAACAUAGUUGGGAAUUGCUUUAUGGAUUCUUGAUUGCCUACCCACAACUUGUUGAUCAACGUACGUUGGAUAAUGCGAACAGAUGGAGAGCAAGAAGAAAAGAAUCCAUUUUAACUUUUGAUGAUUUAACUUUGAGGCAUGUUUAAGAAACAAUAAAAAUACCCCCUCUCUUUCAAAAAAUGAUGUAGCACUAUGGGCACACGAUUGUCCGAACCAAAAAGAACCCUAUUGUAUUUCGUAUUGGGGCCGUGAUGUAAUACAAGUCUAUCGAGUAUAUCAUUGCAUGGUGGUCAGAGCCAGAGAG